AUGAACAACUUUAAUUGUGUGGAUUUUGUUAGAAUUAAAAAUAAAUGGAAACAAAUUAGUGGUAGAUGUUGUGACAAGUACUGCAUAAAUACAAGAACCCCUAUUGGUUGUUGUAUUUUGGAAAAUGGAUUUAUAAAUAUAAUUAAUGAUGAAAAUAUUAAAUAUAUUAAUUGUUUAGAAAGAAAAAAACAUUCUAAUAAAGAAGUUUAUGUUGACGCAGAAAAUUCAUUCGACAAACCACAAAAUUGUCUUAAGCAUUCUUUAUAUUAUUUUGAGGUUAAAUGUAAAUAUCAAAAAGAGUUAAAUAGUGGCAAAGUAUAUAUGCAUAUUGGUCUUAAACAUUUCAACCCAAUUAAAUUUAUUUAUUAUUCUGCGAACACAGCUACAAUUUAUAACGUAAAAGAGGAAGAAUUUGAAACUGACAAUAUUUCUUUCAAAAAUGAAGAUAUUUUUGGUUGUGGAUUAGUUUAUCCACCAAUUAAUAAGUUUGAUAAAGAGUUUCCUCAUGUUUUCUUCACAAAGAAUGGGAAACAAAUUGGUAAAGGUGUAUUAUUGGACAAUUCUGAUUCAUAUAAGCCAUUUGUUUAUCUAAAAUGUUGUUCUGUUGAUGCUAAUUUUGGAAAUAAUUUGGAGACGAAACCAUUUAAAUAUGACAUUUCAAAGCAUUCAAUUCUUAAAGAAUUUUACUGA